AUGCCAAAAAAGAGUUCUUCGAAGAAAGCUACUCGAGUGCCACAAAAUAAUGCUGUGGAAGAAGAAAAACCCUCUUCAACGAAGAAAAAGGCUCCUAGUGAGAUUGAUCAAAUAUUUGCCGGAAAAAAGAGGAAGAAAUCUGAACCAGAAAAGUCCGAAAAGCCAAAUGAAGAGGCAACCGGAAAUUCUAGGAAGAUAAAGAAAAAGGAUAAGGUUAAAAUGUCUGCUGGUGGUGGGUUUAUGGAUCCACCUUCUCGACCUAGAAAGAAGACAAAUGAUGGACUAGCUAUCUACACAGAGGACGAGUUGAAUAUCAGUAAGGCAGAUGCUGGAGUGAAGCUUGGAAAUUUUCCUGUAGUUUUGUAA